GCACUUCCGUCGCCGGCCUGAGAAAACUCGGGACUUCUUUGGUUUGUUCAGCGAACAACAGGGGAGCCACUUACAGCAGGCGGCUCGCGUUGCGGUGUUGGGCGCACUGGUUCUGGCUGGGUGGGUCAGCUAUCUUGCUGGAGUGUGGGUGGGCUUGCGUCAGCUAUCCGCGUUGGGCGUUGGUCUGGCAGCUAUCUCAGGUGGACCCGGGUCAGGAAUCGAGAGCGGGGCAGCCAUCUCA